AUGUAUAGGUUCCUUAAUUACGACUUUGCGGACACUGGUUUCUUUGAGAUCUUGCAGGAGAAAACGGCUCUAUGGGGUGACCAUGAGAAGUACAGGCGACCGAAUAUCGAAUGGGAUCCAGACGAGCAGGGCUUUGAACUCGAGUCACAAGACUGCAUCAUCGCGGCCAAUGCGCCACACUCUACAGAGAGAAUAAGCCAUACCAUGACGAAUAUUCGCAAACUUCUCAAACCUGAUGGUAGCCUAGUUCUGGAGGAGCUUAUGAAGAAAAAGCGUGUUUACACAAAUAUCUUCGGCAUCUUUGAUCGCGGAUAG